UAAAAUUUGAUUCUACGGGUUACUGAGAGGAACAUAGUUACAUAAGCAUAAAUCUAAGAAUGGACGUGGUUUCAGUGUUGCACAUGAAUGGAGGCAUGGGAGAAGCAAGUUAUGCUAAUAAUUGCUUAUUACAGCAAAAGGUGAUUUGCUUAACAAAGCAAAUUAGAGAUGAAGCUAUAACUUGCAUCUACAAAGAAAAGCUCCCUCAAAGCCUAGCAAUUGCAGACUUGGGUUGUUCUUCUGGACCAAAUACUUUGUUUAUGACUUGUGAACUCAUUAAAACUGUGGAGACGCUUUGUAGAAAGCAAACACAUGAAUCUCCAGAAUACAUCAUCUACUUGAAUGAUCUCCCUAGCAAUGACUUUAACAACAUCUUCAAGUCUCUUGAAUGCUUCAAACAAAAGUUUAGCAAACAAGUUGCUGGUGGAAUUGGUCAAUGCUAUAUCACUGGGGUUCCUAAUUCUUUCUAUGGCAGGAUUCUUCCCACUAGCUCUUUGCAUUUUGUCCAUUCCUCCUAUAGUCUUCAUUGGAUGUCUCAGGUUCCCAAAGGUGUGGAGAACAAUAAGGGUAAUAUUUGCAUGGCAAGGACAAGCCCUUUAAAUGUUCGUGAAGCUUAUUACCACCAAUUUCAAAAAGAUUUCUCAAUGUUUCUGAAAUGUCGUGCUGUGGAACUAGUUAAAGGAGGUCGUGCUGUUCUUACAUUUCUGGGAAGAAGCAGUAGUGACCUAUCAAACAAUGAAUCGUGCUACAUUUUGGAGCUUUUAGCUGAGGCACUUAAUGACAUGGUCUUGGAGGGAAUCAUAAAAGAAGAUCAAAUGGAUUCGUUCAACGUUCCUUAUUAUACUCCGACGCCGUCUGAAAUCAAAUUAGAGAUUGAAAAAGAAGGCUCAUUCACUUUGAAUCACUUGGAGGCAUUUGAAGUAAGUUGGAAAGCUGCAUGUGGUGAUGAUGAACUCAGCGAUGAUAAUAAUAGUGGAUACAAAGUUGCACAAUUUGUGAGAGCUGUGGCUGAACCUCUUUUUGUGAGCCACUUUGGAGAAGCUAUCAUUGACGAUGUUUUUCAUCGUUACCAAGACAUAUUAGCUGAUCGUAUGUCUAAGGAAAAAACCGUGUUCCUCACUCUUGCUAUAUCUUUGACCAAAACAACUUGAAGCAACUUCAACGACAUAUUGGUGGUGUUGAUGCGUGUUAUGAAUAAAUUAUUUGCCAAUCUUUUUAUAUUGUGCAUGCUUGAUUUUAAUUAAUCUAGUGUUUAAGUAAUAUUGUAUCCUUAUAAUUUGUGAUUUAAUUUGUGAUUACUACAGUACUGUCUGGACAUUGAUCUGUGUAGAUUACUAGAUAAAUAAGCACAAA